AAUUAGGUUCAUUAGGCUUUGUAUCUGUUAAACAUGGCAAUGGCAGCACGCAGCCUCGGCAGGUUAUCCCAGAAAUCAACUUCACUUUUUCUGUGCGACAUGCAAGAAAAGUUUCGACCCAGUAUUGUUUAUUUCCCUCAAAUUUUGGAAUGUUCCAGAAGAAUGAACGAACUGGCAAAAAUCAUGAAACUUCCUACAAUUGUAACUGAGCAAUAUCCCAAAGGUCUGGGCCCAACUGUGGGUGAACUUGGUGAUGUAAGCCAUGCAAAAAAGUUUGAGAAAACUUGUUUUUCAAUGGUGCUACCACAAGUUGAAGAGGAAUUAAAAAACAAUAAAACCAAGUCUGUCAUUUUAUGCGGCAUCGAAACACAAGCUUGUAUAUUGAGAACCACAACUGAUUUAUUGGAUUUAAAUUACGAGGUCCAUGUUGUUGCUGAUGCUGUUUCUUCAAGGUCCCAGGUUGAUCGUAUGUAUGCCAUCGCUACAAUGAGGCAGAUGGGUGCGUUUAUAACAACUUCUGAAACGGUUUUAUUGCAACUUUUAGGAGACGCAAAACAUCCCAACUUUCGUGAAGCACAAAAGUUAAUCACCACGUCUGCUCCUGACAGCGGUUUGCUUGAUUCGUUUGGUGGAGCAAAGCUUUGAUGGAGUUAAUUUACGAUCGUUGAGCGUUGGAAUAAUCGCGUGCAAGCUUUAAUUCUGUGUUUUCUCUAUUUGAAUUUUGUACCUAUGCAGCCUGCCCCGAUGGCUGCCAAAGUGCGUUGUAUUAUUAAUAGUUACGAGAGUAACGUGGGCAAGUCGUUCUCCUUGUGUUGCCCAUAAGGGACACUCGUAGUUCUACGUCACUUUCACGGAUGAUGAAUGUUUCACGAGCUCGAUUCCAAUUACUUCUAUAAAUCAAUAUACGAAUGCAGGUAUCUUGUACCGUGAAAAUGAACGGUUUCCAAAUCUGUGCGGAGUGGUGCUAAUAAAUUAAACUUCAGAAGGUUGUGUUCUGAUUAAUUGUAUCGCAAAUAAAUCCUGUCGACAUGUAA